AUGACCUCCCUGCGACCGUGUAGCUGGCGGCGUUUUCGCCAUGAGCCACGGACCCCCACGCGACCAAGGCUCGUGGGGCUGAGAUCAUCGAAAUUAUUCAUUAUAUUUGUCGUUGCGUUUGCGGCUUCGACGGAUAUUUUUCUCUAUGGCUUGAUUGUUCCCGUUGCACCUACUGCUUUGGAACAGAUAGUUGGGCUCGCAAAGGAAGAUAUUCAACCAUGGACCUCUACUCUCCUGGCCCUAUAUGCAGCGGCAUUGUUAGCCUUUUCUCCCAUCAUCGGCUACGUCGCUGACCGAUUUGAGUCUCGGAGAUUGCCUAUGCUCGCCGGUCUAUUUGCAGUCGGCGGAGCAACAGCGCUCCUCUGCGUCGGAACUAACAUCGGACUAUGGAUCGCCGGCCGCUUGUUCCAAGGCGCCGCUGCGGCUGUCGUCUGGACUGUCGGAAUCGCUCUGUUGGUCGACACUGUCGGCAAAGACGGAGUUGGCCAAGCAAUUGGUUAUGUUUCUAUGUCACUGACUCUCGGAACGCUGGCUGGCCCCCUGCUUGGUGGCGUGCUCUAUGAAGACGGCGGAUACUAUUCUGUAUUUGGAUUGGCCUUCGGCCUGAUAGCCCUUGACGUUUUCCUAAGGUUGGUAUUAAUUGAACAAAAAGAUGCCAGGAAAUGGCUCGACGAUGAGAAGGAGCAGCCUGUGGAAUCUGAAAAACUUGAGACACCCUCGGCAGAGGCUACGCCAACUCCAGAGGUGCAAGAAACUGCUCACGAUCCACAAGCCGUUGCACCAAAACGGAGUCCUUUUGGGCGGCUCGCUGUUUUGCUCAGCUCUAGCCGCCUCAUUGUAUCUCUCUGGGGAUACUUCAUCCUAUCACUCGUGCUGUCUUCCCUCGACAGCGUGCUUCCUAUCUUCGUUCAAGAGACCUUUGGUUGGCAACAAACCGCACAAGGUCUGAUCUUCAUUCCGUGCAUGUUGCCGCACAUUUUGGACCCUCUGGUCGGAUAUAUCGUCGAUCGAUAUCCAAAAUCUGCUCGCUACCUCACCUCCGCCGGGUUCUUCUGCUGUCUUCCGGUGAUGGUGUUACUCCGCCUCGUGAAAGAAAACACGAUGCACGACAAAAUUCUUUUAUGUGCCCUUCUUGCCCUUAUCGGUUGUUGUAUUGCUAUGACAAUGACCCCGCUCGUUACAGAGGUCUUCCACGCGGUCAAAGAGAAAGAGGAGAUAUCUCCUGAUAUCUUCGGUCGUGGCGGUGCAAUGGCUCUUGCUUUUGGUCUUUCGAACAUGGGCUUUGCGGCAGGAAGUCUAGUUGGUCCCUUCUUCGCGGGUUUUAUUCGCAAAGAGGCUGGAUGGGGCACUAUGGGCUGGGCACUGGGUUUGUUGGUUGGUGUGUCUGCUGUCCCAACGCUGUUGGUCAUGGGAGGGUGGAUUAUGGGAAAGCCGAAGCCGCAAGUGGAAAGUCCUUCUGCACCGGAGUGA